CUUUCAAGUGUCAGAAAAUUUGGGAAGAGUAUCGCGUGGUAGGCGGUGUUCCUCCUUUUAUUGAAGACAAAAAAGGCACAUUUUCUUCAGUGAGAAUAACAAACAGUAUGGAAAUUUCUCAUCGGUUGCAUCGAUAGGGAAAAGUGCGGCAUCCGCUUGUGAUCGUUGGACGGGUUUUGCGUGCAACAAAUUAUUUUUACAUUGUGCAACGGGAGACAGAUUUAUGGAGCCAUCAUCAUAGCCGUAUAAAACAGCUGUUCCCCCAGCUCGGUAGAAAGUAGCAUUUUGAGAUCACGCGCCCCAUCAUCCCCGCAGUCGACUGCAGACCCGGCGCUAUCAGUUCAUUAUAGUUGAGGAGGAGUUUCUCUACACCACCCCGGCCGCCGAACGAUAAGCCUUAUCUCCCCUCGGUUCGGCUUUCGUCCAAGUGCUAAAAAGUAGCAAUCUCAGCAGGCAUCUGCAUCGCCAGAAUAGACAGAUGAAGCAUCAGCUCAGCAGUGAUUGUGUCUGUCUGCACAAGUGAUUUGCAAGCAACUCGUUCUCCCCCGCCUGCUUACUCGCUGGCUGCCGUCAUCGGUCGGUCGGUCGCGGUUGUUUCUCGUCGUCAUCAUCGCAGUAGUCUGUCGCCUCGCCGCCAAAGCGAAAGAACCGCGCGCGCGAGGGAAGGCAAGUGAAGGUCGUUCGGAUUCGGAAGAGUGAAGUCAACUGCGGAGAACUCGCCUCGGUGGAAAACAGCAGCUGGAAUCCGAAUCCGGGAUCGGGAUUUGGAAGAAAUGCGGAUCAUAGCAAGCGCGACGAGUUAUCCUUGUUUUUUAUUUGUAGUGUUUUUCGUUGAUUUUAUUUGUGAUAAUUGUACGGGAAGAUCCACCGUAAGCACUUAACCAUGCGGGUCGUGGCGCUUGUGAGCGGUGGCAAAGACAGCACCUACAAUAUGAUGCAAGUGACUGCCGAAGGGCAUCAGGUGAUCGCCCUGGCCAACCUGCAUCCGAAAGACAAAGACGAAUUGGACAGCUACAUGUACCAGACGGUGGGCCACCAGGGCAUCGAAAAGCUAGCCCAAGCCAUGGAACUCCCCUUGUACCGGAAGAUAACGCGAGGCAAUUCGAUCAACACCAAAGGCAACUACGAACCGACCGAGGACGACGAGGUCGAAGACCUGUACGAGUUGCUGCGGCAGGUUAAGGAGGAGCAAAACGUCGAGGCCGUUGCCGUCGGAGCCAUUCUGUCCGAUUACCAGCGGGUUCGGGUGGAAAAUGUCUGCAACCGUCUCCAGUUGAUCUCCCUGGCCUACCUGUGGCGACGGGAUCAAACAGAACUGCUGCAGGAGAUGAUCGACUGCCAGGUGUACGCGAUCAUCAUCAAGGUGGCCGCCCUGGGACUGAUCCCCGAUAGACAUCUGGGCAAAUCGCUCAAAGAGAUGCAACCGCAUCUGCUCAACAUGAAGGACAAAUACGGGUUGAACGUGUGUGGCGAGGGUGGCGAGUACGAGACCUUCACCCUGGAUUGUCCCCUGUUCAAAAGUCGCAUCGUCGUUGACGAUGUUCAGACGGUGAUCAGUUCGGCCGAUCCGGUCUGCCCGGUAGGGUACCUGAACUUCACCAAACUACGGCUAGUGCCAAAGGAACGGGUAGAAACGGUGGUGGUGAAGAACUCGCUGGACUUUAUUGCUGAUCUCAACGAAAGUAGCUAUAGCGAUCUGAGCGAUCCGGACCUGAGCGAAACGGAGCUGGAGCUGAUCGAGAAGGUGACCAAUGCCAAAGUGGCCACGACGAUGCGCAAUUCCUUCAGCAAGGACGACUUGAACACCGUUGCGGACGGAAUCGGUGGAGUUUCGCGCAGCAAUAGCAUUACCAAAGAUUUCGCCACGGAAGUAAUUCAGCUGCCGCGGUCACCGGUUAAGAUCAUUACCAAACGGCUUAGCGUGGAUGGCAAUGACAGUGGCGGCGUAGAUGGUACCAAGUUGGUGUACAAACGGGAACGGGAACCACUGACGAAUCAACCCCGGGCGAUCGUCAACUCCAAAGGGUGGAUGUGGGUAGCAGGGGUGCAAGGAGUUGCGGAAACAUCUAGUCAGGCGAUGGAAAUCGCUCUACAAACAUUGGAAGACCUUAUAACCUCAAAUUCUUUUACACUACGUCAGAUAUGCUACAUUACCUUGUACGUGCGAGACAUGAAUGAGUACUGCUAUCUCAAUGAGAUCUAUUCGAACAAAUUUAGCUUCACGAAUCCUCCAACAAGGGUUUGCGUAGAAUGCCCUCUUCCCGAAAAUUGCCAUGUCGUAUUAGAAGCUGUCGCGUUCAAUUCGGAAAAGUCAAUCUCCGAACUGGAACAUAAAAGACACACGAUGCAUGUACAAGGUAUCUCUCACUGGGCUCCGGCUAACAUCGGCACUUACAGUCAGUCGACGAAGGUGGGUCACAUAACCUACAUUUCGGGUCAGAUUGCGCUCGUGCCGGGCAGUAUGACCAUCGUCGAGGGUGGAAUCAAGCAGCAGUGCAAGCUGACGCUGCGUCACGUUAGUCGGAUAGCAAAAGCCAUGCAUGCCCAGGGUCAGCUGCGGGAUGUCGUUCAGGGCAUUUGUUUUGUGACCCAUCCGAGUUACAUCUCCGAAGCCCGGCGGCAGUGGGAACGACGGACGGCGAACGCAAUCAUGGAUUACAUAGUAGUGCCGGCACUACCUCGCGGAGCCCUUGUUGAGUGGCAGGUCUGGGCCCAUACGCACAACGAUAAGUUUGAUUAUGAAGAGACUGGCUGUUCCAUAGGAGAUUAUUCAAUUUCGAUAAGAAGACGCUGGAAUUAUGAGAACAAUUGCGCAUCAGUAGUGUGCUACGUUUCUACUGGCCUAGCAACAUCAACGACCAAACUGGCGGAAUUGAGUGACGACUUUCUGCAACACCACAAUCAACUGGCCCAGAGCAUCAGUCGGGAACAGAUCCACGAUACGAUAGCCUACGUGCUGCGGAAGCUGCUCCAAGAUUACCCGGUCGGGAUCAGUCCCACCAAUGAGUCCGGGUCGUCAUCGUCCGACGAACAAAACAACCAUCAAAACAAUCACCACAACCACCAGCAUCAUCAUCAUCCGCACUAUCAUCAUCAAGUGAGUCACCAUAGGACCACCACGGAUGGGGCAGAACCCUCCGCCUUCGAUAGCGGUAAACCGACCGUUCACCUGCGCUUCUUCUAUCAGGUAUCGGCGAUUGGCUCCGUCCAGUCGCUCGUGGAAGCAAUCGAAAGUUUUCUCAGCUUACCGUCCAACACGGCUCGGAUCGCGUACACCGUUGUUCCGGCGUGCCAUUUGCAAAAUUUUAGCACCUUUAUAUCGAUUUGUGGCCUGCGGCAUCACGAGUAAAUUUUUGGUAGAGGCGCUUUGUUUGCUAUCACAUUUUUUUUACACAACUACGACGUUUUCCAAUUUUACGUGUUACUCAAAGCUAAAGUUUAAGCAUAUUGAUCCAGAGCAGAUGUAAGAAGUCUUUAAGCAUACGAGUUGAAGAUAACCAAGAGGAGGGAAUACCCUGCUGAUGUUGCGACGUACUAAAAUAAAUAAGGAAGUGAAUAAAGAAAAAGUUUAAAACAAAUUUAUAUGAAAGCUCUUACUGGGGCAAAAAAACGACGAACGGAAUAUUUACGAAGAAGGAACCUAAGCGCAGACGGAUUGUUCAUAGAAUGCUACUCUUAUUCAAAGUCAGCUAAAAGUAUAUAUAGUAUAUUGAAUGUUAAAUAAAGAAAAGUAAAUUGAAGAACCAAUGCCACACAAGUAA